UUGUCAAUUCUGAUUUCUGUCUGCCUGUCUGCGUCUGCCGACGAGCGUAUGAUGGGCUGGAACAAGGCUCACGGCCUUUGGGGAAAACGAUCCGUUCAGGAAUCAGCGCAAGACAAACGAACGCCUCAAAACUGGAACAAACUGAACAGUUUGUGGGGAAAACGGUCGUCCGCAUCGUUUGACGACGACUAUUCAAUGGACAAUGGAGAAGAAGAUGUGGCUUUGGUUCUGAAAAGAGGCAGAAUUAAUCCGAGAUUCCUUGCUGGAAGAAUAUUUGCGAGAGUUUCAAAGUUGUAA